GGCUCCUCCUCUGCCCGUCGCUGCGCUUGGCGGCGGCGCUCACCUCGCUCCUCUGCCGCUCCCCGGUCCCCUCCGCCGCCCCGGCACAGCCGCCUGCCGGUCGCCGUCAUCACUUCACCGGCUUCUGCCCCGGUGCCCCCGCACGAGCUCGACGGCGCCCGCCCGCUUACCUUUCCACUUCGCUGCUACCGCCGCCCCUCUCGUACUGUCGUCGCCCGCCGAUCUCAUUUUACCAUCGACAACAAGCUCAUCAAGCUCCAGAUUUGGGACAUGGGACCUGAGCAUGUGUUUGAUGAAUUGACUAAGGCGCUGAAAGAUCCUGCAGAUUUUGUAGAUUUUGAUCUGCCAUCUGCGUUGAAAGAAUGGAAGCUGGGCUACUACAUACCAAUUAAGCGGAAUAUUUAUCUUACUAAGAAGCGGGUUGAAGAUGAUGGCAUUUUUUGUUCCUGCUCCCUUUCUUCUGAAUCAUCAGUUACUUGUGGAAAAGAUUGCCAAUGCGGGAUGCUGUUCUCUUGUUGUUCAUCAAACUGUAAAUGUGAGAACAAGUGUGCCAAUAAAUCAUUCCAGCUCCGACCUUUGUUCAAAACAGAAUUGAUUAAGACAGAGAAAUGCGGCUUUGGAUUGAUAGCCGAGGACGAAAUAAAGAAAGGAGAAUUUGUUAUAGAAUAUGUUGGAGAAGUUAUUGAUGACAGAACUUGUGAGGAAAGACUAUGGAAAAUGAAGAGACAACGUUACACUAACUUCUAUCUUUGUGAGGUCAGUAGCAAUAUGGUCAUUGAUGCGACAAACAAGGGGAACAAGUCCAGGUUUAUCAAUCAUAGUUGUGAACCAAACACAGAGAUGCAGAAAUGGACUGUGGAUGGACAGACCAGAGUUGGAAUUUUUGCUCUUUGUGACAUAGAGAGAGGGGAGGAGCUGACCUAUGACUAUAAAUUUGUCCAGUUUGGAGCAGAUCAAGAUUGUCAUUGUGGGUCUUCAAACUGCAGAAAAAUGGUUGGCACGUCUAAGUCGUUCAACUCAUUUGUUCUUCACAAUGGCAACUCAGGAAGCUCGCAAGAUCAGCACGACAUAAAGAAAAGAAAGACAACCUCAGAUAAUUGUAUUGGGGAGAUCAUCCGUUUAUGGGAUCGACGAGAUAAAAUGUAUGUCCCAGCAGUUGUACAUGACUAUGAUGAGUACACUGGAAUGCAUACUUUACUGCUUGAUGAAGAAACUACUGAAAAAUUUGAUAUGAGAGAGGAAGAUUGGGACUUCCUACCGCGCCCAGAAGAUCCAGAAGAAGACUGAUUGAUUAAUGAAGGAUCCUUAUGUUUGGAUACAUCCAAUUGAUUCCCAUCUCAGUAGGACCUGUCACUACCAGUGUAGACAAAUCAUCACUGGGGAAGUACUUGGUGCAACCAUCCAUCCUCAAACCAGAUUUUUUUCUGUGUGCUCCUGUCUUGUAAAUCGGUCUUCACCCUCAAAUCAGAUCGGUUUUCCUGCAUUCUCCCCCCUUUGCAAAUCAGCAGUUUUACCUCAUGUGACAUGCUCUGGCGCGGUCAAGAAGCAUAGUCGCUGCCAUUUUGUCUCCCUGUCUGGGACAGCCGGACAGCCAUGUACUCUCUCUGUACCAAAAUGUAAGAUUUUUUAUUUUAUUUUGCAUAGGGCAUAAAAAUGUCUUACAUUUUGUUAUGGAGGAAGUACAAAACACCGUCUGUCUACAGCCAAUGCUGUGAUUUGCACGAGAAGGAUUUAUUUGUACCUGAUACAAGUUCUAUCCACUCCUCUCAUAGUGAGAAGUAUAUCCACGUACCACUUUGCCAAUUUAGAGAGUUUACGACUGUAAUUGGGCUGCAUUUUG